CGCACUUACCGGCAGAUCCACACGUCGGGGACGUCACACUACAUAAUAAACUUUUUAAAAAAAUGGCGUAUCUAACAAGAAAAGAAAUAGAUGAAAUGAAGCCGCAAAUUGAAAAAGCGGUACAUAAAUUUCUUGGUUUUGGGGAACCUGCGAUUGUUACCACAGCUAUCAACUGUAUUACUUCUGGCUAUGAUAAACGCAAAACAGCAGAUAAAUUGUCUGCUUUAUUGGAAGAUAAAAAGGCUUCCAAAUUAACUGAGAAAAUAUUUGCGAUAUACGAUGAUGCCAAAGCUGCGCAGAAAACUAAGAAAAGAAAUCAUGUGGAGGACAAGGAUAAAGAAAAAGAUGCAAAAAAACCUAGAUUUAGGGAUGACGAAGUAAAAAAUGAAAAAACAACAGAAGCCCAAUUAUCUGCAGACAAGAUACGACAAAUGAUGGCUAAUGCUCAAAGAGAAAUUGAAGAAAGGAAGAGGGCACUAAAGGCUAUUAAACAAGAAGAAGGAACACCAGUAAAACCAUUACUUAAAACACGAGAUUCAUUACCAACAGUGGGAAGCAUGUAUAAUCAAGGUCUUUUAAGCAAAACAGAUUCGGACAAAGCACGAAAAAUUGCUGCAUUACAAGCUCAAAUCAGAAGUAAACUCAGCUCAGGAUUACUCGGUACUGUCAGCGUACCUGACAAACCGACUCCAUUAAUCUUAGAUGAAUCAGGAAGGACAGUAGAUAUAACAGGCAAGGAGGUACAACUUACACAGGUGGUGCCAACAUUGAAGGCCAAUAUUCGAGCAAAAAAACGAGAAGAGUUUAAAGCGCAAUUGCAAGAAUCCAAAGGCCCUGAAGAAAUUCAGGAUACACACUUUUUUGAUACUAGGAUAGGUGUAAAACCAGCAGUACGUGGUAAACGUACACUAAAAUUCCACGAACCAGGAAAGUUUCAGCAGCUAGCAGAAAGAAUUCGUAUGAAAGCCCAAUUGGAAAAGUUGCAGAAUGAAAUUAGUCAAAUUGCUAGAAAAACUGGUAUAAGUUCAGCAACUAAAUUGGCACUUAUAGCACCAAAAACUGAAGCUUUCAGUGAAGAUGUUCCUAACGUGGAAUGGUGGGAUUCUGUUAUAUUAACAGGAGGAUAUCCAAAUGAAGAUGAGCCUACAGGAAUUAAAAGUUCCACUAUUACCAAUCUCGUAGAACAUCCUACACAAAUGCGACCACCAACUGAUCCGUUAAAACCAAUAUAUAUGCCAGUAUUUUUGACGAAAAAGGAACGUAAAAAGUUACGUAGACAAAAUAGACGGGAAGCAUGGAAGGAAGAACAAGAGAAAAUUCGAUUAGGUCUUGAACCGCCACCCGAACCGAAAUUACGAAUUUCAAAUCUUAUGAGAGUAUUAGGUACAGAAGCCGUCCAGGAUCCUACAAAAAUAGAAGCUCAUGUUCGACAACAAAUGGCUAAACGAUUGAAAGCGCACGAAGAUGCCAAUGCAGCUCGACGAUUAACAGCCGAUCAGCGGCGUGAAAAGAAGGCAAGAAAACUUAAGGAAGAUACUACACUCGGUGUACACGUAGCUGUUUACAGAAUACGUGAUCUUCUAAAUAAUGCAUCAAAGAAAUUUAAGGUGGAAACGAAUGCGAAACAGCUUUAUCUUACAGGCUGUGUAAUGCUCUUUCGAGAUUGUAAUGUUGUUGUAGUAGAAGGGGGUGCAAAACAACUGAGUAAAUAUAAGCGGUUAAUGAUGUAUCGCAUCAAGUGGGAAGAAGAUACUAUAAAAGAUAACGAUGGAAACGAUGUGCCCAAUAAAUGUGUCCUAGUAUGGGAAGGCACUAGUAAACAACGUCAUUUCGGAGAAAUUAAAUUUAAAGUUUGUCCGAUUGAAAAAAUGGCUCGUGAGCACUUUAAAAAACAUCAAGUCGAGCAUUACUGGGAUUUAGCUUAUAGUGGAGCUGUUCUUGAUAAUACGGACGAUAUUCGAUCAUAGAACCAAGUUCUGUAAUUUAAGCAAUAAAUAUAAACAGGCUAAUGUAAAUGCGAUCAUAGAUAAUUUUA